UAAUAAACAAGUUGUCUCAAAUUCAGUACUUAAUUUUCAGACUUCAGCAAUAGUUACCAAACAAGUUUUUUGAUUUUAGAUUCAGAUUUCAUAUUCAAAUUUUAGAUUCAGGCUUCAAAUUUCAGAUUCGGGCUUUUAGACUUCAGAUUUAACAAACCGGGCCUUAGAACAGAUAGGGGAGGUGAAUAUGAAUCCUCACAGUUUAAGGAAUUCUAUGAAAGGAAUGUCAUUAUACAUGAAACCACUGCCCAUAUACUCCUGAACAAUAUGGUAGGAAAACGGAAAUAUAGAACUUUGAAAGAAAUGAUGAAUGCAAUGUUGAACAAUUGCGAUUUACCCUCAACCAUGUGGGGAGAAGUCAUUCUUUCUACUUGUCACAUUCUAAAUAGGAUACCUUAUAAGGUUACAGGCAGUACACCAUAUGAACUAUGGAAGAAACAUCAUGUCGGUUGCAAAUAUCUUAAAGUGUGGGGAUGCUUAGCAAAAGUAGAGUUACCGGAAACUAAGGGUGUGUUUGGCAUCUCUACAAAUAAGAGCUUAUUGGCUUUUAAAAAAAAAAAACUUUUAGACUAUUUGGUAAAAGUCUAAUCAGAGUGCUUAUUUGUUUAGAAAGUAGCAAAUAAGCUCCGAUUUUAGAAGUUAGGGAGGGGUUACUUUUUGAAACAGAGCUUAUUUGGCUUAAGCAGUUAGGCAUUUUGGACUAAUUUUUUUAACAAGGUCGUCCUUGAACUUUCCAAGUAAUUCCCAUCUUACCCUCUUCUCUUCUCUUUACAAUUUCUUCAAGGUAAGCCCACAUGAUGAACAACCCAUAUUGGAGGUGGGCCCAACAUGAUGAAUGGUCCACAUCAAAGGUGGGCCGAAAUAAUGCACAAUCACAUCAAAGGUGAACCCCACAUGAUGGACAAUCCACAUCAAGCAGGCCCUACCUGAUGGAUGGCCCGCAUCAAAGGUGGGACCCACAUGAUGGAUGGUGGACACUGAAUGUGGGCCCACAUGAUGAAUGACCCAUAUUGAAGGUAGGGCCCCACAUGAUGGAUGGUCCACAACAAAGGUGGGGACCUACAUGAUGGAUGGUGGACAUCAAAGGUGGGUCCCACAUGAUGGACUAUCCACAUCAAGUGGGCCUCACAUGAUAGAUGGUCCACAACAAAGGUGGGACCCAUGUAAUGGAUGAUGGACAUCAAAGGUGGCCUCUCAUGAUGAACAACUCAUUGAACGUGGGGUCCCACAUACCAUGGUAAACCCCAUCUACUGCGACACAUAUCUAACUCUACCUAGAGUCCAUCUCCUAGUUUUGGUUUGCACGGCCCAUAAACUGCAGAAAACACCAUUUGAAACCGGACAAAAUUUCUUCAGACACCACUGAAACAUAAUAAUUCCCUUUCUAGCAGUCCUCUUUAUUACAAAUGUUAGAGUUUUAGAGCACUUGAAUACCUCCCGUUGCGCCAACCUCAUCUACAACUACCCCUUCUUUUUGUUGACCCCACGGUAAUGAAUUAAUUACACCCUGAUCUAUCCCCUACAACUUAAGCUUUUUGAAAAGCAGCUAUCUGAAUUUUGUAUCUCUUCCACGUCCUUUUUCUGCCCCUGCUUUUGCAGACAACCCAAACCCUUGAUGUUCCAACUGACUGAUCCUUGGUGGCCCCCUAGCAUGCAUAUAAGAACGAAAUGUUAGGCGUACAUAACAUCUGGUUAAUCUAUUUGUUUUCAAAUAAAAAUAAUUUUAAUUAAUUUUUAACAUUUUUUUUGGUCCUUACUCAUGCCUCAAUGGUAGACUCACAAGAGUUUCAACACAAGGUCAUGGGUUUGAGUACCCAUUAUGGCGAAAAACCACUGUGGUGUGAGUGCGUGUUUAUAAAAAAAAAAAUCAACAGUUUUUAAUUAAUAAUUAUUUUUUUUGCAAAAGUUUCAUCAAUUUGUAGAUCAACCUCCAAGCACUUUAAUGUGAUUUUUUAACCUCUAAUUGCAAGUGAAAUGGGUAAAUGAAGGAAUUUUCAAAUUUCCCUAAUUUCCUGCCAUUUUUUUUCCAAAUUCAAAAAUUGAAGGUUAAAACCCUUGAUUGAGCAUGCAAAACAUGCAAAAUUAUGAAUUAUGUAUUUCAUUCAAUUGAUUCCAAGGAAUUUAAACAAGAAAAAACUAUUCAAAUUCACAAAACUCACAAAUUGGGGUUUUGGUACCGCUUCCAAUCUCUAUUUCCACCACCAAAUUCCCUUUCCUCUCCAAACAAUCAAAAUUUUCUUAGGAAUGUAAUGAAAGCAAUGACUUUCAGAAAAAAAAAAAAAGAAGAAGAAGAAAAUUUUGGUGUUUUUUCCAAUAUUUUCACAAAGGCACUGACGCACUUAAGGUAUCAUCAAUACAUUGUGAUACAUAGAGAUAUAUUACUUGCAAUCAUUGCAAUAUAUCGGUUGAUUUUGGGAAGUUUCCCAACUAAAGCCCAGUAUCUAAUUGAUACUGUGUGACACCGAUAAUAUCGGUUGAUAUUAUCGAUACUGCAAUCAUUAGGUUCCUCCCUUAGCAAUUUGCAUGUCAUAAAUGUGAUGCUCACAGAUGUGUGAUCCAUUUCAUUGAUCUGAUGGAUCCCUUAUGUAUGGGGGAUGGCUAAAGAUCAAGGGAUUGGAUCCAUCAUUUGACUGUGGAUCUUUUUUUACUGAAUUCUUUUGACAUUUCUUUGAGGAUCAACAUAAAUUAAAAUGUGAACAUUGCCUGUAUCUUUUGUUGUUGUUGGUUCAAAACCCCAAAUCUGCCUUUCUUGAUUGUCCAGCUGGGUUGGGACUUGGGACUCAGUCAGGUCUUGUAGGCUUGACUUAGUUAUUUCAUAAUAUUUUUUAAGUUUUAUUUACAUACAUUUGUAAAAUUCAUGAAAUAAAAUUUAAAUGUAGCAAACUAGAAAAUAAAAAAAGGUUUGCAUAUAAUCAAACACUGCAAAAUAGCUAAAUAAGAAUGCAUGGUUCACCUCUUUCUCACUUAGAUUGGUUAAAUGGAGUCUGCAAGUCUCAUCUUGAAAAGGUUCCUCAGCUGACUUGGAUGAGUUUCGAGUUGAUGAGUUCCAGUCAUUUGGAUCUACCCUGCAGUUCUUUUAUGCCCUAAGCAGUUAAAAAGCCUGUUAUUGCUCUUCAUCUCUGAAAACCAUACUGUAUUUUGCAGGUCGAACGGCAUGGAGAGCUUGUUUCAGGCUGCAGAGGCUAUAACCCCUGUGGCAUCAGAUGCCUCCAAUAUACGCAACUUAAUGGUGACAACUAAUGAUCAACGCUUCCUCUUGACUUUCAUCAUGGGUACCUACUUUGGGCCAGACCUGAAAGCCGAGAAGCCUAAAAGGUCAGCUUUACAGAGAAUAGCAGAAGGUAUUCCACCAUACUCUUCUGACCAAUUAUCAGGGUCGCAGAUGAAAAUGGUGGAAGCAGAGCGAGUGUACUAUUACGUGCUUAGAAAGGCAGAUCGAUCUGUGGUAGUGAAGCUACCCUCAUUGCACCAGUUCUUUCGAGGAAGUCUCUUUCCUCCCGCAUGCAAUUCGGCUGAUGAGCACCGUCAGUUUCCUGAUCUUUUCCCUCCACAUUUGCAUCAGCAAAGCCGAUUCAGGAACAGAUACAAAAUCAUUGAGAACAUUGUUUUUAUCAACAACCCAGAAAUCUCUUACAUAAAACCGGAGAAUGUUGAGAGGUUUAAGAGGCUAACCAGCCUUGAAGAUUUAUUGCUUGAUAGGGAUGCUGCAAGGUUAUAUGGUGGUGUUGGUGUUAGUGUUGGCGGACUUGCAAAUGAUGUGGCAGUGCAGGAGUCCAAUGGGAAGCUGCCCUUGAGAAGGUCUUCACGGAAGUCUCGCAAAAGACGGCGACCAAAUGAUUAUCUGGAACUGGAAACCGAGCAGCCUCUGCCAGCUGUUUGUGAUGUACCUUACCGUAUCAGACCACACCGUAAUAUACCGCGCAGCAAUGCACAUUACCAGAGCUUAGCAUCAUUGGCUACUAAAAUGAAAGUUGGACCAGUGGAGAAAGUUGGGCCCGCGAUGCUCUUUCUUCCUUCACAUCCUACCCUAGAUGAAUGGAAUGGCAUUGUGAGCGCUGCUAAGUCUGGGAUUGCUUUAACAGGAACUAUUGCUGAGAGGCAAGCUGGGCCAUUGAUAGGAUUGGUUGACAUUGGUGUAUGUGAGGAUGCUUAUUUGUUCCGUAUGUCCUUGCCAGGCGUGAAAAAGGACGAGAGGGAAUUCAGUUGUGAAGUUGAAACUGACGGGCGGGUAUUGAUAAAGGGAGUGACUAUGACAGGUGAGAGAUUGGUGUUCAAGAAGUCGCAAGUGUUUGAGAUGCAAACGCAGUAUCUUUGCCAGUCAGGACAUUUCUCCAUCUCAUUUCAGCUGCCGGGGCCAGUAGAACCUCAAGAAUUCUCUGGCAAUUUCGGCUCCGAUGGGAUUCUUGAGGGGGUCGUGAUGAAAGAGAGAGUUGGGAGACGGUAACUUUGUAUUAUGUACUGAAAGAGGAAGUAUAUGAUCAUUGAUCCGAGUAUAUGAAUAGUAUCGUUGGGUUUUCAGUUUGUACAAUGGUGCCAUGGUUCAGUGAUCCAAAUGUUGGUCAAGUGGGCCUAACCAUGGAUGGAACAUAGCCCAAGAGUCUUAUUAAUUGCAGAUUGUAACCCUCCAUUCCACGGCUUUUUUCUUUUCAGCCGAAUGUGAAUUGUUUCUGUAUUUUCUUCUUACCCUUACGUUUGCAGGCCACUGAUUGACUUUUAUGGUUACUCCAUUUUUGAGAUUUUUUGGGCAUGGUCCCUCCACUGGCCCACUCAGAUCAACAGGUCUGGAUCACCAUACCCCCCAAGGUCCAUUUGUAUGAGAGGGGAACCUAAGGAUACCAUAGAUAUCCCCCAGGGGAGGAUCAUAUAAUUCCUAAUGUACUAAAAUGUAUUUCUAUGUAAUAAAGAGAAAAGGGACUCAGGAAGUUUCAGAAUUUCCUCAACUUACAAUAUGACAUUUCAUCUUAACAUGCUGAGCACUUAUGUAAGUUAAUACCAUCAUUGUAGUAAUUUCACUUGCUAAUAAAAUUUAUAUUUUCAA